AUUAAGAGGUCAGCCGGGGUGACGCUGAGAAAAACUCUCCGUGGAAGGCUGCAGUCACGAUGGAAGAGGACGAUGACACACACCAGUGUCGGGCCUGCAAAAUGGUCAUCCAGGGUCUGGACAACUACGUCCAACACAGAAAGUUCACUUGUGCUCGUCUAACGGGCAAAGAGUCUCAGAAAGAUGAGAGUAAAACUUGCAGCAUACCUGUGGCAAAAGAUGGUACUAGUACCUCAAAACUCCCUGAAGGUGUUAGAGAUGCAAAUGAAGGAAACUCUGACAUAUUUUCUGAGGCAUUCGCAGCUACAUUCAUGGGCAGAACAGGGAAUGAAAAUAAUCAUGCAUCAAGCUCUUUCCAGAGUCCAAGAGUUGACAAAGAUGAUGUUGAAAAUGUUGAUAGCCAGCCUCAUGAUAACAGUGAAGAAUCAGACAAGGUAGAAACAGGCAGUCCUGGCUGUCCUCCAAUGAUCAUGACCGUGGAGUGUGUGGAUGACAAGGUGAAGGAUCGUCAUAAAAAACCAAGCAGUCAAAACUACAACAAGAUUCCAUUCCUAAAACCAUGCACAACGCGGAUGGGCUUCUCCUGUAAGCCUUGUGGAGUGGAGUUUAACAACACUUUUGACAUCAAGAAACAUCUUACCAGCAAACAACACUUGAGAAAAGUUGGCCUUGUUGAAGAAGAUGCUGAGAACUCCAACGGGAAGUGGUCAGAAGAAGUUGAAGGGGAAAGACCCAAGAGUCCUCCCAUGGCCAUGACAGUGGACUGUGUCAAUGAUGACUUGAGCUCUGAUGAUGGUGGCGGAUUUGGUCCAGACAACAUGGAGGAUGACGACAUACCUCACGAUGAAGACACUCCUCAGGCCACAGGCUCUGCAUCAGGGGUGGAUGAUAUCGAAGUACAGGGUACUUACUGUGAUGUUUGUCAUCAAGAGUUUGAGUACAAGUCUAAAUUGAAAGAACACCUCCGUAGUAAAAAGCAUCACAGAGCAGCUAUGGAGCGUAGUGAAGGCUAUUGUGAGGCAUGUAAAUAUGAUUACAGUUAUCCAUCCAGAUUAAAAUCACACCUGGAGAGUAAGAAACACCUCAGGGUAGCCGGGGCUCUUGCUGGUACAGGCAAAAGUGAUGGCUACUGUGAAGUAUGCCAAAAGGAUUUGAUGUAUAAAUCCAAACUGGAAAAACACCUUUGCAGUAAAAAACAUAUCCAGGCAACCAGUGAAGAAACAACCAAUACCAGUGAGACGUCUGACAAGGAUAUGGCAGUUGGAGAGGAGGGAGCGAGUGAGGCAAGCAACGAGUUCAUAGACAAAGGCAACCACUGUACAUCUGCACAUGAAGAUGUGCCACAGGAUACUGACAGUAAGACAGCUCAGAAGGACAUUGGGACUAGAUACAAACUGAGAGAACACCCUGAGAGUGGAAAGCACCUCAAAGCUGCCAAUGAUGGCUAUUGUGAGGUCUGUCAAGUGGACUAUAAGUGUAAGUCACAACUAGAUUUACACCUAGGUACGAAGAAGCACCGUAAAGCUGCCAUUGGGGAUCCAGCCAAGAGUGGUCUUGGUUAUUGUAAGGUAUGUCAGUGGGAUUAUAAGUGUAAGUCCAAGUUAGAGCAACACUUCCUUACUGAAAAGCACGUCAGAGCAGUCAUCAGAAAACAAAGUAGUACCAGGAAAACAGCCAGUGCCCCAUCCAAGAGAAGGAAAGGUACAGGCCAUGAGGAUGAUGAAGGAACUACCAGCGCCAAGUCCAAGACAGAAAGCAACAUGCCAAAAUGUUGAGGACUCUGCAACUGGGAAUAAAGGAGAAACCCAGAAGGAAGACAGGAAUUUUGAAGAGGGUGACACGGAGACCCAUGUAGAUGUAAGCAUGGAAAGCAGCAUGAAGAAUGACAGCAAGGUUAAGAAUAAGAAGAAGCAAAAGAAAAGAAAGAAGUUGACUCAAAUUGAUAGUUCUGAUUGUUCUUCAGCUGAUGAGUACAGUGAAGUAUCAGAUCACAGGAAGAAGGCAAGGCAUAUUGGAAGAACCCCCAAUUACACAAAGCCUAAGCAAAAGGUGAAGGAAUACAGGAAACGCCGUGAGAAAGUAGCAGCUAAGGUUGCAUGUAAAUAUUGUAACAAGAUCUUUACCAUUGCUGCUUUUCUGUACAAUCAUGUAGAAAAGCAUUGCAAGAUGAAGAAAGACCCUCACCUGUGUUAUCCUUGCAGACAUGUAGCCUACACCAGUGAGGAACAUGAGGAGCACUGUAAAACACAGGACCAUGCUGUACUUCAGGAGAUAUACAAACACAUCAAGGAAAGCCAGGAAGGGUGUAUUAAGUACAGAUGCACCAUAUGUGAAUACCAGUCAGGUAAUAUGGAGGAAAUAGAGAUUCAUGUACCGAAGCACCUUGCUGAUGAUGGCAAGGUGUUUCCCUGUAAUUACUGUAACAAGUUGUACCCAUCAAGAUAUAGAAGACAGCUUCACAUAGAAAAACUGCACACAAAAACCUGGAAGAAAACAGCUAUCUGUGAUGUCUGUGGAAAGUGUUUCUAUGGGUCUACAGAAUUGAACAUGCACAUGAGACUGCACCAGGGAAUAAAACCUCACAAGUGCACCCACGAGGGCUGCACAUACAGGGCUAAGGUACCUUCAGAGCUCAAGACUCAUAUGAUGAGGCAUGCAGGGGAGAAGCCAUUCCUCUGCGACAGGUGCUCAUAUGCCAGUGUCACCAAACAGGGCUUGACCAGGCACGUCCGCCACGUGCACACAAAACCCGCGGACAAAUUGCUGAAAUGUGAACAGUGUGGCUACACCACCAUGCAAGCCCAUAAUUUGACGAGGCACAUUACAACACAUACAGGUGAAAAACCCUUCAAGUGUCCACACUGUCCCUAUAGGUGUAAUGAUGAUGGGAACCUUCGUAAACACAUCCUGAAGAGCGGGAAGCACAAAGGGGUGAAGCUGUACAACUGCAAGUCGUGUGACUUCGGCACAAAUCGAGUUCUCGACUUCUUCAACCACCAGAGAGGCACCCACGGGAUGGCCAUAGUUGAAGACUACAAGGGGUCCUUCAUGUCUGGGACGACCAUAGACAAUAUGAACCCGCGCUUUCAUCGUGUCUCUAGCAGCAACCAGCAACAGGGCCCAGCAGGAGGAACGACAGACAAGCAAGAAGGGGAGGUGGCAUCUGCCAUAGCAGCCAUUGUCCCCAACGACGACAUUCCAGAUGUGGAAAGUGAAGAGAUGGCCUCAGACAACACGCAGCCAUCCAACGCUGUCGGUAUCUUAGAAGAUUUAGUGGAGGAGAUGUCAGCAAGUCUUCAAACAACAACAGAAGAGGAACAUCAAGAAGAGGAACAACAAGAAGAGGAACAGCAAGAAAAGGAACAGCAAGACACAGAAAUGUUUUAGGAGAACUGGUUAAUGGGAAAUAUAAAA